UUUUUUCCUUUUUUUCUUUUUUAUUUGGGAACACCUUUGGUGUUUUUUUUGGGUCCAUCGGCGAGUUCUGGUAGGAAGACCUUACCGCUAUGCCCUACAUGGAUAGACAGGGGCGGACCUGCGGGUUCAUGGACCUGGAGGAUCCCGAGCAGAAUGGUCGCUUCUUUCGUCGCUAUUUCCUGAUUGACCAGGAGAAAGGCCAGUUGCUGUGGUACAUGGAUAAUCCCUCUAAUCUUCCAGAUGGAACAAGUCACGUUGAUGCUAUACAGUUGUCACAGAUUUCCAAUGCAAGAGAUGCUACCAAGCAAAGGCCAAAAGUACCGUUUUGUUUUGUGGUAAGCGUACCAUCGCGGAGCUAUUACUUCCGAGCAGACAAUCAGCAAGAUAUGGAGGAAUGGGUUCUAAGUCUAAACAAGGCUUGCCGGGUCACGGUGCCAGUUACAGACGCGUCCAAAGUGUCCACUCCUCUCAAGCUGGACAUUGGCAAGGCCAACAGCCAGGCCAACUCGUCCCCGAAAUCUCCAGUCCGGGGGAUCAGUUACACAACGGAGAUCGUAGGGGGAGUUGUUCAUCGGAAGCCUGUUGAGAGCAGCGACAAGCGGGUAAGCCAACAGCCGCUGGGCCAGCAGCAGACCCUGCCGACCACUGUCCACCAGGCCCAGCUCAGCUUGACCCAGACUGUGCACAGUGAUACAGACAGCGAGGACGAGAGUGCCAGCCUGCGGGCCAGGUCCUGGCCGCGGUCUGUCUCCCCAUCCGGUGGUAGCGAGAAGAGUCUAUCCAGGAUAUUCCCCGGAAGGAACGUCAUCAAGGCCGGCUGGUGCGUCAAACAGGGGGCACUGAGGAAAAGUUGGAAGAGGAGGUUUUUCAUUUUGGACGAUGAAGGUCUAGCUUACUACAAAUCCUCAACAGACAAACUUCCGCUGAAGACGAUAUCGAAAAAAGACAUCACUGUCUCCAGGAUGUCAGAUUCAGGACAAGCACUUCAGAGAGACAACUUGUUUGAAAUAGUCAGCCUGUCGAGGACGUUCUUCGUACAGGCCUACUCUCCUGAUGACAUGGCUGAAUGGAUAAACUCGAUAAACGAAGUGAAAAACCCCAAACGUGCCAGUGCCCCCCAAGCAAGCCUGAAACUCAGCCUCAUCUCGAAACUUUUGGACUGCAAGCGGGAGGCAUCGGCCGAGGGCAAGCCCAAGACACCCAGGACACCCCACGAGAGCGAGCGUACCAUCACGUACACCAAGCCCCACAACAUUGAAAUUAGAGUGCACCAGCCACCCGAAGACAGCAAGACGGACGAGACCAGCACAGACCCCUGGGAGAGGGACACAAACAGAGCGAUGGGGAGUGAGUCGGGAGGCAGCGGCAGGAACAGUGCAGACCCAAAGGAGGUCAUCAUGGAUUUUGUUCGAGGGCCCGAGACCAGUCUUUAAUAGUGUCGUCAAACUGUGUGGCCAUUUUGGAAUUCUCCCCCAUUAGUGUACAGAAAUACAGAAGAAAGGUCACUGGCCAAGCCUGAGAUAUAUGGAGGGACAUCACGCUAUCAAAAGGGUGACCACCGAUAACUACAGUUUAGAUGUUAUGUGCCAACUGCGAGUUUGUAUGUCACUCACAGCGCUGCUUCUGAAAUGGCCAAUUUGACGAUGAUGCAAGAAACAAGAUUGGGAUUGUGGUGCAACUUGACGGGAACCCCACUCACACUCGGAACAGACAAAUCCAUUAUGAUUCUUGCCAUGCUUCAGGGAACUAUACCAAUAUGGCUGCUGCUUUAUGUUGCAACUCUUACUUCAAUUAGUCUUCCUGUGCCACUCCAGAACCUUCCUUGAUCAUUAACAUCAGAAAUCCGCAACAAUUGGACGUUUCCUUCAUCCAGUUCACAACUGUCAUUUUUAAUUCAAACUUCAAAAAGGGAGCUUUUUCCUUGGUUUACCGGUGUUGAAUUUGUGUUCUAUAUCCGCUGGCAUGUGUUGCAGCUGCGGGUACGUGCUUGCGGAAUUUUGAUAUGUUUCCAUGUAGAUAAUUUUUCAAAGUGACUUAUCUUCUUUUAGUCCCGUGUUUUGAAGUGUUUCUUUUCUGAUUCUUCCAAAGACACUGUUAUGAUGGAAUGGUUAGUUUAAAAGAAUGUGAACCGGAUAAGUCGGACCAAAGAUUUUGUGAUCAUGCUCUGUACACAUUCUUUGAAUAUACAAACACGGGAAACUAACCAGUGUCUUCACUGUAUGCUUGCCUUGGCCGACUUUUAAAUAUACUUUGAAACAGAAAUUAUCUAGCAUUAUGGUUUUGAGCAGAUAAGGUGCUGAAUUUUCAGAAUAAAUUGAAAGACAAUUGUAGUUUGGCUAGAUGUGGGUGGGCUAGACCCGUUGGGUUAAAUUUGGCGCAGUGGUUAUACAAAUACUGUUUUUUUUCAGCACGUUUGUAAUUUUUGCUUAUACCUUUUUCACUGGGUAGCAAACUAUUAUUUCAAAUCAAGCACUAGGUAAGCUGAGUAGGGAACAUAGACAAGUUUCAAAGUAAAUAAGAGAGAAGAACAGGGCUUGAUCCCAACAAUAUCUAGGUUUAACCCUAACACUCCUCAAUCCUUCACCUGUUGGAGGACUGAGGAGUGUUAGGGUUAAUGAUUCAACUGAGCUGUUCAGCCCCGUAAUAGCCAAACUUCUCAUUGUUUCGCUUUCCUUUUUUUUUAGUACUGAGCAGAUUUUGUUUAUUUUUCUGGUUUUGUUUUCUCAUUACAACCUCCCUUUUCUCAUUAAAAUGAAUGAGCCUCUGUAGAAGAGAAAAAUUUCCUAGGAAUUUGUAGGAUGGGCUUAUGUAUGCACAGAGUUUGGUCUUUCAUCACCCUCCGAGGAUCAAUAUACAGACCUUUGUACACAUGACACCACGCUUUGUUUACCUCAGGAGGGUGCUUUCUUAUGGUGCUCAGUUGACUGGCUGGACCCCCCCCACUGGCUCCAUUUGAAAUUACAUUUGUAAACAAAGUGUGAUGUUGUCAGUACAUAAGCCUAUUGACACUUUGAAAUCUACUGUGUGGAGCAAAAUGCAACAAAUUUGUAUUAAAUCUGCACUUGGUACCAUUUAAUUUGCUAUAAAACCUUUAGAACCACAAAAUAUAUGCUUCCCUUUUCUCACCUUGUUUUAGGAUAGAUUUUACAUAUCAUCCAUUUCAUGAAUGUCAUUAUCUUGGGCUCGGAUGCAAGUAACAAUAUAUAUCAUAGUUUAACUGGUUGUAAUUUUUGUUUGCAAACUUUGCAGUAACUUGCCAUUUGCACCAGUUUGAUACGGUAUUUGAUUGAUUUUCUCUACAAAGUGUGGCAUUAAAUACGGCCAUUUCACAACAGUGCACCACCAAUGCGUUGGCCAGUGACAGUGUGCGAAAAUUUGUCGACCCAAUGCGCGUUUAGAAAGGGUCGACAAAUUUCGCGCGUUAUGAUUGGCCAACGUGUUGCAAAGUCUUGGUGGCGCACUAUUGUGAAUCGCCCGGUAUUAACGCUAUGUGAUGUCUGAACCAAUUUGUAUGUAAAUGUAUUGAACUCUGAUAAAUUUGUGUCGAGCUCUGUCCUGUCUGUAUUGAAUAGUACCUCUAAUACAGACACACCACAAUUUUUUUUUACAGUGUAUCUAAAUAGAAAUGUCAUGUACAUUGCUGAAAGUUGUUCCAAUAACGUCAAUAGGAUAUUGUGAAUAUAUCUAUAGUUGGCAUUAAAAAGAACCAAUUAACACUUUUGUAUAUUUAGAGGUUUAUAAAGAAACUUUUGUAUUAUUUUGUAAGUUAAAAAAAAGUCAAAUAUCUUUAACAAUACUCUAGAAUAGCAAGUGAUACUUUUUACUUGAAGAGAUCUAUUUUGUACCCCGUGCCGCUGGACAUAUAGCAAAAUGCAAUCAACGUUUCAAAAUACAGAUUUAUUGAUUCUUUGUUCGUAUGAAACACUUGGGAAGCAAUGUCUGCCGGAUGUCUGGUUUAUUAUGCCCUUUUUGCCUCCGUGGUUUUCUCUUCACUUGGUACACUUUUUUUGUUUUGACUUAGGUUGAGCUUCUGUUUGCUUUUUUUUUUAAAUUACCAAGUACAUCCAUAAGGGAACUAGAAAUGAAAAUCACUGAAUGCAUAAAUUUAGGGAAGGGCAGUUCUGGAUAUAAUUUAUGUAAAUUUUCACAUUCAGCAUUUGUGCAACUGACCAACAAUUUUCAUUUUAAAACCAAUCUUCUAAAUACCUGUAGGUCUUCUGAAAGUAACUGACUUCAAGUUGACACUGCUGGGGACGUACUUCUGAAGUUCUCAAGAGUGUAACAUAUACUCAUAUUGGUACAGUUUGUUGGUUAACAAAAUGUUUUUCAAUAUCCAAAUUCCAAUUUUUAGCAAAUCUUUCGAAUCUGAUGUGUUUAUUACAGUUAAUUUUUUAUAACUGUCUAAAUAUUUGGGGGCAUACCAAAGGCGGUUUUGUUUCUAGAAAAGGUGUUUAUCCAAUGCUUAUACCAGUUAGAAAAUAAUGACCUUUGUUUAUGUGUACCAUAGCGUUAAAAUAAAUGGACAAUUUAGCCAUCAUGUGUCUCUUUUUAAUGCUGAUGGCUACAGUUUCCCUAUCACUUGUUGGCUAGUGGGCUUCGUUACACUAAUCCUACAUAAAAAUGAAUGAAAUGCUUUUAAUAUUCAACUAUGAAAAGAUUAAAAUUGACACCCAUGGCAUUCAACCA